AUGUCUUCAACACGAUCUUUAUCUCAUCCACCACAAUAUUAUUAUAAACUAAGUACAAAACAACAACGAAAUUGGCGAAAGCAUACCAGAAAAAUUGAAAAAAAUGAAGCAUUAAAAUUAAAAUACCCAUCAUUUCAACCUUCAUCUGAUAUCAACAUCAUCCACAUCCAUUAUAAAUCGAAUCUGGACACAUUAAAUGAAUUAAUUGAAAAAGCACAACAAACAAAACGAUACACCCUCGACACUGAAGGUGCAAAAAAUAAAAAACAUGAAAAAGGUGCAUUAAUACAAAUACAAUUCGUACACUCAAUCAAUUAUUCGACCAUAAUAAUAAUUGAAACAAAUUAUUUACCUGAUCGACAUACAAUUUUAUAUGAAAAAAUAAAAGAAUUAUGGUCAACAAUAUUCAGCAAUUACAAUGAAAUUAUUACAUGGGGUCCAAUAGAAGAUGAAUUCAAAGAAUUUCUACAUCUGGAAUUUAACCAUAUAGGUAAGAAUAUUGAAGAUGGGCGUGUUCAACCAUAG